AUGAUGAGGGACUUAGUUUUUGAAAUCAUCUUCACAAGUUCUGGUGCAAUGGAGAGUCACAACAUUACCGAAAUUGUUGGUGACUUAACAAAGGCAGAGCUGGUCACUGUAGUUCCUGCAAAUACACUGAGGGCAAAUAUUCAAAAGCAGACAUGGCCACAAAUCAUGGAUGUGAGAAAAAAGAUGAGGGACGUGAGAUGGAACACGAGAAAAGCUGAGAGGAAAAGGAUUACCAACAAACUUCAAUGUGAUGCACAGAAGAGUGUUGAAGAAGUUGAUUUUGAAAAGCACAGUGAUGGUGUUGCUGAUGAGCACGAUUAUUCGAAGUACCUUGGAUUACCAUCAGAAGAAGAGAUAAAAAAGUGCUUCAAAGCAUACAUAUCAGGGAUGUCAAACGGAGCUCUUGCAAUGUCAAUUUGCAUUGUCUGUGGUCAGGAGUUGAUGAGUUCUGAAGGAUACCAAACAUCAGGCAGUGGCUUUCUGUAUCAAUGGAAACAUUACCUGCGGCAGCAACAUUAUGGGAGGGAUUAUUGUUGCUUGAAGGACAUGUUAAAGGAGAGGCACCUGAUGCAACAGGCUGGAUCUGUUGUGAAUGAUACUCGACAUGCAAAUCCUAGUCAUUUGCAGUGGGGAAUGGUGGGAAACGUCACUUUAUAUGAUAUGAACACCGAUGAAGUUGCAAAGAUGGUCAAGGGCCAAUUCCUACCACAACCAGUUACUUCUCUGGCAUCCGUGCUCACAAUGAUGAGAUUAGAAAUGAAUUUAUUAGAUGAAGACAUUCCUAAUCUGGAGAAUGACUCAGAAGGAUAUAGUUUUGGAGAAAAUAGCAGUGAUAGCCAUGACGCACAUGUUAUUCCGUUGAAGUUCUUAGGUGUUACAGACGCAGAACUCAGUACACUGCCAUUGAAUGAUUUGAUGAAACAUGCACUUAUGAAUCUUGAUGACGGUGUCACCGACAAUGAAGGAGGCUAUGUUGUGCGCCAUAGCCAUUACCCUGUUUCAGAUUUUGGGUGCAAUCAAAUAGGAGGAGAAAACUUGCAUAUGAUGAAUCCACUUGCCAUGACAUAUCCCAAACUGUUUCCUUAUGGUGUUGGUGGAAUCGAGGAUACACAUGGAAAAGAAAGAAGAGGCAGAACACAGAAAGAUAUCCAAUCCUCAGGGUUCAACUUCUUCAGAAACAUGUGUUUGCAGUGUCUAGGCGUAUCAUGGGAUCUGAUAAUUAUCAAGGUCAAUAUUGCGGGUUUAUAUGGGGAACAUGUUUUUGCUGGGGAGCAGAUCGACAUGGAUGAAUUUUUCCAUGAUGCUGGACUGGAUAGCAAUCACAGAGCUCAAAAUAUUGCCAGAGAUCCUUUUGCCGCCACAAAGUACUUCUUCUUCAUUAUCAAGGCAGUGCUUUCAACACUUUUUCAGAUUGAAGUCAGAGGAAAUAGGGUGCAUAGUGGGAUGGGGAUGCUUGGACGUGUUAGUGGCUAUUUUGGUGUCAUUGAAGCUCAAGGAAGAGGGUUGCUGCACAUGCAUAUGAUGAUUUGGCUUCGUCACACGCCAAAUAUGCAUGACAUGCAUGCUCAGUUGCAGAAUGGAGAAUUUCACACCAAAAUCAAGGAGUAUAUUCAGCAGAAUAUCCGAGCUCAUGUUGAAGGAUUGGAUGAAGAAACAAUUUGA